AUGAAGUUUCUCUCGUCCUUAGCAGUUUCCGGGGCCGUGCUCUUUGGCACUUCCCAAGGUCUGCCCCAUUUCGGCCCAGAACUUGCUCCCCGAGACAGUUGGGGCGGUGCCGUGUCGCUCGGUCCUACAACCUCCACGAUCAAGAAGGCCGUUACCACAAUCAUUCCGGGAACCGCACCCUCCACCCAAAAUGGUGUCCUCUUCCUCUGGCCGGGCAUGUCAAACGGCACCGGAGACCUGAUCCAGACCACUCUCGAGUCCUGGGCUGAUAAUUCCUGGUGCGGAGCUAAGACCGGCCAGUGGUGCGUCCGUGCCUCCAUCUUCGGCUCGUUCGGGCAGCUUGAUGGCUCAGCCAGUGCCGUGAGCGGCGACCAGAAAGUCAAGAUUGUGUACACGCUUCUUGAAGACAAUGAUACCUGGAGACAGGACGUCACUGAUGCCGACACGGGUGCUCAACUCAGUUCCUAUGAGUACAAAUCCGGCCCUUAUAUGCGAGGUUAUGGCACUGGCACUGAGUGCAACAACGGGUGCACCCCGACGAUUGCCGAUCAGCGUUAUAUCAAUACCGAAAUCACACUUGCAGGGCCUGACAAGAGCUUUGGAAAAACCAUUGCGACUUCGCAAGGAGCCACUUAUUCUGGUCUCUCCAGCAAUAGUGAUGGGUCUGUAUGGACAAUUGCGGAGAUUCAUGUUCCAAAGAUGUCCUAA